AACUCUUUCACGCGGCUAUGAAGGGAUGAAGUAAAGGACCAAACUUGAACAUAAGAAAGACUUGUAUUAAAUGCCAGAAAUAGCACCAGAGGCAGAACCCAGAUGGAUUAAUUGAUCUUAUCCAGCAAAAGAAGAAAGAAAACCAAACUUACAUGGACAAUGAAAAUCCAUGGUAGAUUGAAACCACCCUGCCCAUUCCAGAGGCUUACACACGAAGAGGGAAUUUCGGAUGCUGGCGGCGGCUUCUUUGUGCUUUAUCUCCGACGACGGCAAUACGUGGGAGUUUAGGAAUUGAUUUGAUAUGUCAGAGAUGAUGUUGUUCUGGUUGCAAAGUGGCAAGGGCCCGUUAAAAUAGCCAAAAAUAGAAAACAUAAAAGGCUUGCAGAUGGGAGUAGUGUGGCCAUACUUGAACCAAGACCAAGAGUGGACAAAACAAUUAAGCCCCAUCAAAAUCCAAUUGAAACGUAUAUAUGUACGUGAGAGGAAGAAAGAGAUAUUUACCUGCAUGCAUGCGUUCAGUUUUCGAAUGAAUAAGAUUGAGUAUGACAUUGGGGGCCUCCGAGCGCCUGUCUCCAAUCACACCACCAAUCUAACUACAAUCACACCAUAAACCUAGCUGUUGACCGGCAUAUUGAAUUACAGCAAAAAGUAAAGGGGAGAAGGAUAUAGGGUCGGAUAUGGAGAACAGGGGAACGCAAAAGUGAAUUACGGUAAUUUUUGUAGUACUGGGAGUAAGAAAUUCACUACUCCAUACAACAGUCCAAAACCAAUUAUGUACCUAACCAUUCAACAUUUCAAAGGCAAAAUUUGAUAGCAAGCCGAGCUGACGGCCCAAUUACCAGAUUGAAAGAGUACUCUAGAUGUGAACCCUGCUUGUCUUGAUCGAUCUUCGUUGACAGCUACAAUUACAAAAGCGAUUGGUAAUCCGGGUAUUGAUCUCAGUUGCCGCCGUCCGGAUUGAAAGAGCAACAGAACCCUUCUGGCGAAAGAUGUCUGCAUUUGUAAGGUCGAGUGUCAAUGCUCCUCCCUAAAUGGUGUAUUCUUCCAGCGUUGGAUUUUAACCGAUUAUGUACCAUGCUUGUCUUCCCACUUAACCGCAACCUAAAAUCGACUACUGGCGGGGGAGUUUGGGCCCAUAUCUGGGCUCCGGGCUGGCCCAUUCGGCCACCUGUAAGGUCCAGUGGAAGGUACUUGUGUUAAACGCACAACUUCACUUAAUUGAUAGUAGAUUGACAGUAUUGCCCCUCCGGGAAACCCUCUAAAGGCUGCAAAUUCAAAUCCCUGAAAAGUUAACCCUUGUUUUGCCUUCAUAUAUUUUGUAGAUCUCCAUAUGCCCUAAGAGGCUGAGAUUAAUUAAUCAACCUCUAAAUAUUGUUGCUUCUAAUCCGAAGGCCCACCAAAAGAUCCCCAUCCCCAUUCAGUGGGCUUCAAAGCCUAAUAUGUCGGGCCCGUGUUGCUUCUGAAUGGAUCUGAUCCAACAUCUCGCGGAGCUUUUAUUCUUCCCCUUCCCCACGCCAAGAAAGCCAAUACAGCACCGAGUCACUGCACUGACUUCUCCCCUAAGUUGGAAGAGCGUCGAUUCAUAAUAAGCUUUGCUUGCUCUUUUGUUAGACAAACCAAACUGAGAAUCCCAGCUGAUCUAGCUCAAGCAGAGGAGCGCUGCAAGGAGAGGAUCAAUGGCGAGAUACGAUAGAGCGAUUACUGUCUUUUCCCCCGAUGGCCAUCUCUUCCAGGUUGAAUACGCACUAGAAGCCGUCCGUAAGGGAAACGCGGCGGUCGGCGUCCGUGGCACCGACACCGUCGUCCUUGGCGUUGAGAAGAAAUCCGCCGCCAAGCUUCAGGACUCCAGAUCAGUGAGGAAGAUUGUCAACCUCGAUAAUCAUAUUGCUUUGGCAUGUGCUGGCCUUAAGGCAGAUGCUCGAGUGCUGAUCAACAGGGCCAGGAUUGAAUGUCAAAGCCACAGGCUAACUGUAGAAGAUCCUGUGACUGUUGAGUAUAUUACCCGUUACAUUGCUGGACUUCAGCAAAAGUAUACACAAAGCGGUGGUGUCAGGCCAUUUGGACUUUCGACCUUGAUCAUAGGAUUUGAUCCAUAUACUGGGGUGCCAUCACUCUAUCAGACAGACCCUUCGGGCACCUUUUCAGCUUGGAAAGCAAAUGCAACUGGGAGGAACUCCAACUCCAUCAGAGAGUUUCUGGAGAAGAAUUAUAAAGAAACUCAUGGGCAAGAAACCAUCAAGCUUGCAAUCCGUGCCUUACUGGAGGUUGUGGAGAGCGGAGGAAAGAAUAUCGAAGUCGCAGUGAUGACGAAAGACCAGGGCUUGCGACAACUUGAAGAGGCUGAAAUCGAUGCUAUCGUGGCCGAGAUUGAAGCGGAGAAGGCAGCUGCUGAGGCUGCAAAGAAGGGCCCUGCUAGAGACGCCUGAUAUUAGGAACACCCUGAAUUUGUUCUUCCAACAUUCGCAAUGCAAUUCAAAUGGGGCACAGAACCUUUCGUUGUUGUUUUUGUUAUCCAGUGCUACAGUACUUAACGUCUUCGAAGUUAUCAGACUGAAUGAUAGAUCAUCAUUAUCAAGGUUAUGUUCUGUAACUGCUGUUCUCAACCUGCUGUUACAUUGAAGCUUUCUUAAUGAAAUAGGUCCCAAACC